GGAGGACUGCACGCAGCCGCGACAUAGGACAUGUAGAGGAUUUUCUGUGAAGACAGCAGAGCACUGAGCGGUCUCCAUCCAUGAUCUUUUCCUCGCCUUUGGAUGCAAAUGUGAACAGAAUGGUGAACACAUCCGGGAACUUCACCGGGUGUCAGCCUCAACCCAUCAGCAUCUUCAUCCCAAUCUCCUUGACCAUCAUCUUCUUCAUUGGGUUUGUGUUGAACUGUAUAAGUCUGUGGAUAUUCUGGUUCCGGGUAAAACAAUGGAAUUCAACGGUCAUUCUCCAGUUCAACUUGGCCAUCUCCGAUGCCAUCAUCACCCCAGCUGCUCCUCUCAUCAUCAUCUACUCCUUGACCGACCACUGGACCUUCGGUACCUUCUUCUGCCAAUUUAAGGUCUUCCUCCUCAGCACCCACAUGUAUGGAAGUAUAUAUUUUCUCACUCUAAUCAGUAUUCACAGAUAUUUCACUGUUGCCCACAAUGUUAAAAGAAUGGCCUUGACCAGAAAGACCUUCACCACGAGACUCUGCCUUAUUGUCUGGGGUUUUCUAGGUUUACAAGGCUUUCCUUUCUUUUUUGUGCUGAAGACAUCUGAAGUCCACGGAGUCACAAAAUGUCUUAGUAUCCAUCAAAACAAUCAAGCCGUUUUAUUUUUUAUUUGGAACUGGGUUGUCCUCUUCUCGGGUCUUCUCAUUCCUUUCACCACAACCUUGGUCUGCUACAGUCUCCUGAGUCGAUAUAUUCUCAAGGUGAACCCAAUGAACACCCUUACAAACGUCAUGGUCUCCAAAUCUGUACAGACCAUAUUUGUCUCCCUAAUCAUCUUCAUCAUCUGCUAUAUCCCAGUACAUAUCACCAGAACCAUGGGGGUCACCAUCAUCUUGUUUUUCCCAACCAUGUGUUCAUUACUGGAAAAAGUUGAGGUGGCCUACUACAUCACAUGGAUGCUAUCAGGAACCAACUGCUGUAUGGAUCCUAUAAUAUACUGUUUUGCCUCAGACAGGUAUAGCUUACGGCAAAGUCAUAGAGAAAAUGGCAGAGAUAAAACAGACGUUAGCUUCAGAAGAUCGUCACCAUGGUCAUCCCUAGAGAAUGACAAAAACAGGUUGUCCCUGGCAUAAAAAAAAAAUUCCUACUAGAAAAGGUCAUCACAAACUUGAACUUGACUAAACCUUUGUAUUGGAUGAAAUCCUGCGAUUUUGACAUAUUAUCCCUCCAGCCGUGGUACAAAUGUGGCCUUCAACUGUAUGACUUACACAUAGUUGAGCCUUUUGGUUGUUCUUGAAAGGAUUUGUGUUAAACUUGGAGGAACUGUAGUGGACUACUGAAAGUUUGCAGAUCUUUCUGCAUAUAGUGGGGGCAUUAUAUCAAAGAGUUGUCCCAGAAGAGGGCAGACUAGAACAAUUAAAGGGGGAGGUCUACUUGGUGAAGAAACAAAGGAACAAUAUCAUUUUAAGCAGACUGAGACGGGUUAUGGCAUGAUGUGAUGUCCACCCGCUCUAGUCUAGCCUACUCUAGUCUGCUAAGAACGGACUUUAAUAAACACAG